UGCGGGGUUUAGAGUCACGUGGAGUAAGUGAGGAGCAAUUAACAAUCCUUCGGGAACGCUAUAAAGAAGAAAAGGAAAUAAUUCAUACUCUCAAUAAACUUCGCCAGCAGAGAAACCAAUUGGAGGGUCCCAACAAUGCAGAAAAAGUGCGAGAAGUUAGAGAAGAAAUUGCAUUUUGGGAAGAAAAAUUACGGACAGCAAUCCAGGAAGUCGAAAAUUUAGCCAACCAAAUUCCUAAUUUGCCAGCACCAGACACCCCCACUAACGAAGAAGGCAACCGAGUAAUCGCUAGCACCGAAUACCAACAUACUAUUCAACACAAUUUAACCCACGAAGCAAUUCUAAAAAAAUUAAAAUUAAUUGAUGAGGAAAAAAGUAUUCUCCUCUCCGGCAGCAAAUUCACAGUUUAUCAAGAUUUCGGCAGCCAAUUAUUACACGCUCUUAUUAAUUUUAUGCGGGCAGAAAAUAGUAAGCGGGGUUAUCGUUUAUUUGACACUCCUUAUUUAGUCAAGGCUCAUAAUCUUUAUAAUACCGGACAAUUCCACAAGUUCCAAGAUAAUCUUUAUAAAUUGGAGGAUAGCGAUUUUUACCUCCUCCCCACCGCCGAAGUCAGUUUAGUUAAUCUCUACCAAAAUCAAAUAUUAGCCGAAGCAGAAUUGCCUUUGAAGUUAUGUGCUUAUAGCCCCUGCUUUCGGGCUGAAAGAAUGGCUUCUGGUCAGGAAAAUAAAGGCUUAAUUCGUCUACACCAAUUUCAUAAAGUCGAAUUAGUGAAAAUAGUUGAACCCGCCAACUCUUAUGACGAAUUGAAAAAAAUGUUGGCUGACGCUCGCAAUAUUCUCCAUCUGUUAAAAAUCCCCCAUCGCGUAAUUGAACUUUGCCUUUCUGAAUUAGGAUUUACAGCAGCCAAAACUUAUGACAUUGAGGUCUGUCGUCGAACUCAAAUCCGAGUCAAAAAAGAAAACCAAAAAUAUUAUCCUCAUACCCUUAAUGGCUCGGCUCUGGCGGUUGACCGCCUAAUUAUUAUUUUAUGCGAAUAUUAUUAUAAUGAGAAAGAAAAUAGAUUAAUUAUUCCCGAAAUUUUGCAGCAUAAUGAAGAACACUUGAAAGAUAUUAGAGAUAAAUUUAGUGAUAAAAGAGCGAUUAAAAAUAUAAUUCAGUGUCAUCAUUUUAAUUACCAAGGAAAAAACAUUGGUUACAUAGAAUUUAAAAAUAAAGACAAAGAGUUUUAUAAACAACAAUUAACAAUCUUUCCCGAGGAUAAGGCUAAUUUUAAAGAAUCAACUGAUGAAUUUCGAUUUAAGGUAAAAGAUAAAGAUAGGGUGGGACAUGUUGAUUAUAGAGAUACAAGAAUGAUUAUAGACAUAGAGGAAGAGAAUUUAAAUGAUUAUCCAGCAUUUAAGUUAGGUGAGGAAUACGUUGUUGAUUUAAGAGAUAUAAAAUGGGAGCACCAGUGGAACGGAAAUACCGGAGACAUUACAUAUCGAGUUUAUCAGGAAUCGAACGGCAAAAAAGUAAUAAGAAAAGUUGGUGAAGAAUCGAUUCCAAAAAAAUCUUCCGACCAGAAAGAAACAAAAAAAUUAGAAGAACUUCGCAAGCAAGCCCGAGAAAGAAUUAACGCGGCUCUAAAUGAAGACCCAGUUGUUUUUAUGAAGUUGGAGAUUAUAGUAUUAACCGAAAUUGAAAAAAAACGCAAUGCUAAAAAAGGCAAACGUAAAAGAGAAGACGAGAAAGGAGAGGAUAUUCAUGACAACAACAAGAAACCUAAAUUGGAUGACGAGGAUAAAAAGAAUUACGAAGGCUUUCUUAAAAAUGGAAUAUUAAAUGAAGUUGAAGAUAAUAAAUUGAAAAGCGGACUUGAAGUCGCAAUCCGAUUGGAAGGCGAAAAGGAAUACGAUGAUGAAAAAACUAGAAAAGAAAUAGAAGAAGACACAAUCGUUACUUCUCUUAAAGAAAGAUUGAAAGAUAAUAACAUUAUUGCUGAUGAAUUGAGUGAAGAAGUCAAAAAAUUAAUUAAUGGCGAAAUUACUAAUGAAGAUAAAUUUAAAACAAUUAAAGAACAAGCCAUCAAAGAAAUUGGUCAAAAAGUAAAAGAAAAUUUGAAAAUAAUCCAAGAACAGAUUAAAAACUUAAGCUCAGAAACUAACUCUUAUUUGGCUAGUUUUUAUAGUAGCAACAAAGGUCAGGUAGAAAGGUUAGAAAAGAGUAUUAGCACGGUUUUAAACCAAAAUCAAACUGCACCUUAUUAUUUACCAGGGGCGGUUCAGGAGGCAGUAAGUUAUGGCUCUAAUGCCUUGAUGAUUUAUUUGGGGGCACCCCAAAAUACUCGCCGCCGACCCUUAACCGAAUUAAAAAUACCGGAAUUUUGUCAAAUUCUAGCAGAAAAUGAUAUCAAUAUUGACAAUGUUAUAGUCCACGGUCCUUAUGUAACAAAUCUGGCUAAUCCCGACCGAGCAGAAAUUUUUAACUGGUCGGUGGAAUUUCUGAAAAAAGAAGUUACUCGCAUGGAAGCAAUUGGUUUAAAAACUCUUAUUCUUCAUCCCGGCAGUGCAGUUGAUGCACCCAUUAAUGAUUCUCUAUCCCAGGUGGCUCAUGGAAUUAAUUUAAUUCUCCAAAAAAGCAUCCAAGCCCGCAUCGUUUUAGAAACCAUGUGCGGUCGGGGCAGCGAAGUAGGAAUAAAUUUCGAACAAUUGAAAUACAUUAUUGACCGGGUUGAACAAAAAGAACGAAAUAAGGAUAGACAACCAACCAAAGCUCCUCCCAUUCCCCCUCCCGUUUAUCCCGAGGAACAAGAUAAUUGUCCUUAUAAUGAAAAGAGUUUGACGACUUUUUCCCAAAAGGAGGAAAUUCCGGAUUUAACUUCACAAGAAAGGGUUGGAGUAAUAAAUGGGUUAAUUUUCAUGCCGAAUCCAAAAAUGUAUGAUGAAUCCAUUUCAACAGAAGAAAAACUGGAAAUAGCGGAAAAUAAUCACUGA